AUGGCGGAGCGCCAUAACGCCAUCAUCGACCUAGUGAAAAAGGCUGCUCUGGUGAAGUUCACCGCGUUCCUGGUUGCCUGGAAGACCAAGGAGGAGAAGUACGCCCCUAUGCACCGACAUCUCCUCCGGCGGUUCCAGCGGGUGACGGUGGACGCUGUCGUGGUUGGCUGCCUUGGCACCUGGGACCCAGGAAAUGAUCGUGUCCUCCGCAGGAUCUGCAGCAAGCAGUACCUGCGGACUAUGAAAAGGCUGUGCAUCAGCGACACGAUAUGCUUCUCAGCACAGCACAGCACAGUUGACGUGGAAGACUUCUUGGACACUGGGGUCCUUGCAGACUUGGAGUUCGUGGUAAAAUUCGCCGAUCACAACGAGCGGCGGUUCCGCGUACACAAGACGUUCCUGGCCAUGCGAAACGAGGUUUUCCGCGCCAUGUUGUUUGGAGACCUCGCUGAAAAACACACAGUGACCAUCACUGACAUCCACCCAAAUGGUUUCGAGAUUUUGCUCAGGUUCCUGUAUUCUGGAAUAGCGAAGAUUGGAAGCGUCGACGAUGCGUUACGCGCCAGGCUCGCUGCAAAAAAGUACCUCGUGGAGCAGCUUGAAAAAGCCUGCAGCGUCUACAUACGGAAGAAUCUUCAUCCAGCGCGGCUGUGCUCAUUCAUCGACUACCACAUGCAGAACCGCUACCUCGACAUGGAUGACGACGUGGCAGCACUUUUGAAUUCAGACAUCGCUCGUGAUGCCCUUGCCUCGAAAGAAUUCAGCACUGCUCUCGAGGAAACCGUCCACUGCAUCGUGGACAAAAUCAGGAACGUUCCCGAAGACCGCGUAGUCGAUGCUGUUUUCGGCUGGGCUCACGAAGAGCGCGUGCGGAGCCUGCAGACGGACAAACCGCACGAAUUGAAAACGCUUAUGCGUCCCUUCUUUCCCAAGCUGCGAUUCUUGACCAUGAGUGUGGAGGAGUUCCUGAGUGGGCCCGGUUCUUGGGGCAUUAUGGACGACGCCGAAGUUGUUGCGGUGAUGCGAAACAUCGUCAAACCUGGAUGGUGCUCACUGCCGGCAGGGUUCUGUGAAACCAUCAAUAAUCGCUACCAUCAGUGA